UGAAGGGGAGGGGAGCAGCCGUCGUCAUGGCCGCGUAGCUACGCUUUCAAGCGGUGUUUGGGUCGCCCGGGGCGCGCGUCACUGCUGCGAGUGGUCGGGGAGGAGAGGCGGCGCUCAGCUUACCUUCGGAUGGAAUCAUGUCACCGGCGAGAGCAUCUCUGUGAUACACGGCGGCGAUAAAAGCGUCUCCAGGGAAGACAGAAAUGGGUGGGCAGAUAACGCGAAAUGCAUUAUACGACUCCCUUGGUGGCCCUUUUCCAUCCACAUCCCACCGCUGUCACCAUAAACCCAAGAGAUGCCUGCCUAUCCAGUGUGGCAGUGUCGGUGGUCCCCUUCCUGUCAGCCCACUUCUCUUCCAUCCCAAUGCGAAGGGUUCCCAAAUUGUCAUGGACCUUACCCAGAAGACAGUCAAGAGGCAGGGUAGUUUCUGCAAUGCCAUCACCUUCAGCAACAGGCCUAUAGCCCUGUAUGAGCAAGUCCGCCUCAAGAUUACUAAAAAACAGUGUUGCUGGAGUGGGGCUCUGCGUCUGGGGUUUACCUCUAAAGAUCCCUGCAGGAUAAACCCAGACAACCUGCCAAAGUACGCCUGCCCAGAUCUGGUGUCCCAAAGUGGCUUCUGGGCUAAGGCUCUCCCUGAAGAGUUUGCUAACAAGGGCAACGUCAUCACCUUUUGGGUUGACAAGAAGGGCCGUGUUUUCUAUCGCAUAAACGAGUCCAGCCCCAUGCUGUUCUUCAGCGGAGUCCGAACAGCUGAUCCCCUCUGGGCUCUAAUUGAUGUUUACGGUCUGACCCGGGAAGUGCAGCUGUUAGACAGUGAGAUUGUCCCUCCCGACUGCCUACGCCCACGCUCUUUUACAACAGUGCGCUCCUCCUCCCUGCGGCGCGAGACGGACGACUCCCGUCUCUCCGUCAGCCUCUGCGAUCUCAACCUCCAGCUGGACAACGGCGGGCCCUCCCACCGCCACACGCUUCACCUGGCGUCCACCUCCUCCACCUGUCCCAUCCCCCAGAACUCCCUCAACUCGCAGCAGUCCUCUCUUUUGCCGGCCGCCCUGGAGAGCGAUCUGCAUUUCCAUCAGCUGCGCGGCGCCCACAUUAAGACGUUAGACAAGCAGACCGUGGCCAGGUCGGAGCAUUCGCGCGAGGAGCGCACGCUGGUCUUCACCAACCGGCCCCUGCAAACCGGAGAGUGCGUGUUUAUCAAAGUCACCAAGUCCAGUCCGGCCCGCUCGGGCUCCUUGUCCUACGGUGUGACGUCCUGCGACCCGGCAGUGCUGCGCCCCAGUGACCUGCCGUAUAAUCCGGAGGCGCUGGUGGACAGGAAGGAGUUUUGGGCCGUGUGUCGAGUGCCCACGCCUCUCCAAAGCAGUGACAUCCUGGGCUUCCUGGUCAACCAAGAAGGGGAGGUCAUCCUCAGCCACAACGGCACCAGUGUCGGCAUGCAAGUGUGUGUGGACAACUCGCGCCCGCUCUGGAUGUUCUUCGGUCUACAUGGUGCCGUGACUCAGCUGAGAAUUCUGGGCUCCACUCAUGUUGGAGAUCCGCGGGCUGUGUCCAAUCCCAGUUCGCCCUCCUCCUCGCCACAGACGCCGAGCGCCCUGGGCAGCUGCAGCUCGGAUCCCGUCCUCAAUGGAGGCCUGUGCUCCGCGGCCUACUACAGCUCAGCAGGGGGAACCAUCCCAAACUCUCCGGUCAGCCUCCCCAAGUCGCCCACGUUCCCGUCGGGCCGCGGGCCCUGGUCCGACGAGUGCUCCAUCUGUUACGAGAACACGGUGGACACGGUCAUCUACGCCUGCGGACACAUGUGUCUCUGUUACACCUGCGGCCUGAAGCUGAAGAAAAUGUCCAACGCCUGCUGUCCCAUCUGCAGACGGCAGAUCAAAGACAUCAUCAAGACCUAUCGGAGUACAUAAAAGUGGACGGAGACGACGUGGGGUCCAGAGAACUUCUGAUACUUUCAUUCGUGGUACCGUACAGUGUCACUGAGAUUUGUCUCAUCGAGGGACGGCACCUGAAGACACAGCUUUGUGUUUUAUUUUGUCGAGCGGGUGUUGUUGACUUUUUGACAGAAUGUCUCAGUAAUUCUUUCAGGACGUGGGGAAGCGCUCAAGUCACCCGCAGAGUGUGAAUCGUCUCGCUUUCUGGAGAAGACGAGUGCGACUGACGUCGGAGUGGUAGAGCGAUGGAACCUUGUUAUCGUCGUGGUCGUAGUCAGUGGCGUUUGUAGAGACAGUGCUGACCGUGAGUAGGUGUGUAACGCUGCUUGUGCUCGUGUGUGCUGAUACACCUUUUUAUGGUAGAGUACUACAUCAAAUGUACGGUGGAUAUGUUGUCGUGCUAGCUAGCUGCUCGCUCCGCAAUGUGGUAAAUGUUGCGCAUUUACAUCCGACAAUGAAAACAAUCAGCGGUUCACACAAACAGGGAGUAGAUUUCUCAGGGCCAAUAAUGUAUUUUUUUUCUCCCCUUUUUAAGAUAUAGAAACUAUUUUCCCAAACUACAGUCGUAUUCAUGUCUGAUGCACUGUGAGCAAUCCUGACUACUUCACAGCGCUUCGUAAAAAAAAUAGCUCCCGUGCGGUUGUGUGAGGUCGGGAGCGUUGCCAUGGUUUCAGUUAUGACACAUCCUCCUGCCUUAAAAAACACAUUUGUCACAAACAGCCCGGUCGGUUAUAUUUCUAUACGGCAAAUUACCAAAAAAAAUUAAAAAUACUACUGCGUGGCACAAACUGCCACAUUUUUUCACUCAGAUGGAGGGGGGGGGGUGGGGGGAGCACACAAAAAGGAUAAAUGUAUUUUUGUAAAACCGCAUUUUCCCAUUCAGGUUUUUCACCAGCAGAAAAGAUGCUUUAUAGAAAUAUUUGACUCAUACCUAUCUUGUGCUUUCGUGCUAAUUCCUCAUUCCGUCCUAUCUCAUCACUUGUACACUAUAUUGCCAAAACUAAUUGGCCACCCAUUCAGAUGAUCAGAAUCAGGUGUCCUAAUCACUUGGCCCGGCCACAAAAUCCAGCACUUAGGCAUGGAGACUGUUUCUACAAACAUUUGUGAAAGAACGGGCCGCUCUCAGGAGCUCAGUCAUAGGAUGCCCCCUGUCCAGUCGUGAAAUGUCCUCGCUCCUAAAUAUUCCAAAGUCAACUGUCGGCUUUAUUAAAAGAAAAUGGAAGAGUUCGGGAACAACAGCAACCCAGCCGCCAAGUGGUAGGCCACGUAAACUGACAGAGAGGGGUCAGCGGAUGCUCAAGCGCAUAGUGCAAAGACGUUCAGUUGCUACAGAGCUCCAAACUUCAUGUGACCUUCCAAUUAGCCCACGUACAGUACGCAGAGAGCUUCAUGGAAUGGGUUUCCAUGGCUGUGCAGCAGCAUCUAAGCCAUACAUCACAGAGUCCAAUGCAAAGCGUCGGAUGCAGUGGUGUAAAGCGUGUGUCGCCACUGGACUCUAGAGCAGUGGUUCUUAACCUUGUUGGAGGUACCGAACCCCACCAGUUUCAUAUGCACAUUCACCGAACCCUUCUUUAGUGAAAAAUAAAAUGUUGUUUUCUAAUUCAAGACAAAGUUAUAUGUUUUUGGUAACACUUUAGUAUGGGGAACAUAUUCUAAGUAACAAAGACUUAAUUUUGAGUUAUUUGGUUAGGGUUAGAGGGUUAGGGCCAGGGUUAGGGUUAUAAUAAGGCCAUGCAGAAUAAGGCAUUAAUAAGUACUUAAUAAUGACUAGUUAAGAGCCAAUAUGUUACUAAUAUGCAUGUUAAUAAGCAACUAAUCAAUGGUGAAUAUGUUCCCCAUACUGAAGUGUUACCAUGUUUUUUUACUGGUGCACAAAAUGAACCGUGCAUGAACAUCACCUUGUUCAAACAACAAAACCAACACAGUGCAUAAACUCACAACAAAUUACACACCUGCAAAUCAGUGUGACUUCUGCUGUAGCCGUAUCGGUAAUACGCCGAUAGGGAGAAGUUUUUAUUUACACGAUGAGUCGGGUGUGUCUUGACCUCCGCCCAACCCCUGAGCCCGACUCACCGAACCCCUAGGGUUCGAUCGAACCCAGGUUAAGAACCACUGCUCUAGAGCAAUGGAGACGCCUUCUCUGGACUGAUGAAUCACACUUUUCCAUCUGGCAAUCUGAAGGACCAGUCUGGGUUUGGAGGUCGCCAGGAGAACGCUACAUUUCGGACUGCAUUGUGCCGAGUGUGAAAUUUGGUGGAGGAGGAAUUAUGGUGUGGGGUUGUUUUUCAGGAGUUUGGCUUGGCCCCUUAGUUCCAGUGAAAGGAACUUUGAGUGCUCCAGGAUACCGAAACAUUUUGGACAAUUCCAUGCUGGAACAGUUUUGAGCGGGCCCCUUCCUCUUCCAACAUGACUGGGCACCAGUGCACAAAGCAAGGUCCAUAAAGACAUGGAUGACCGAGUCUGGUGUGGAUGAACUUGACUGGCCUGACCUGAACCCGAUAGAACACCUUUGGGAUGAAUUAGAACGGAGACUAAGAGCCAGGUAUUCUCCACCAACAUCAGUGUGUGACCUCACCAAUGCUCCUUUUGGAAGAACGGUCGAAAAUUCCUAUAAACACACUCCGCAACCUUGUGGACAGCCUUCCCAGAAGAGUUGAAGCUGUAAUAGCUGCAAAAGGUGGACCGACGACAUAUUGAACCCUAUGGGUUAGGAAUGGGAUGGCACUUCAAGGUCAUAUGGGAGUCAAGGCAGGUGGCCAAAUACUUGUGGCAAUAUAGUGUAUAUAAACAAUCCAAACCUAGAGCUUGAAUUAGGAAGCAACUCUUAAAAAGACAUGUCAACACCCGUUUUGUAUGCCAUGGACUUCUUUAUUCCGUAGAUGAUUAACAAAACGGGACUCCGAGCUUUGCUGCUAUUGUGUUUUCCUGCCCAUGCUGACACACACCAGUCCCUGGUUCUAAUGACGCCACUGCUAAGUGUUCAGUCACACUUCAUCGCUAAUUAAUGUAUUAUUUUUAUUGACGAGCUUCAUCUGAAAAAAAUAAUGUACAUGUUUUUUUCUACAAUCGUUGGCACUGCUUUCCUUGUUCAUGACUGUAUUCUAGAUUUCAAAUGGUGCAAAGUAGGAUUUCAAUGACCUUGCAGCGGUCUAGGUGUAGGAUGUGAACUGUUAGGUGUGUACAAUCAACGGUGGUUUUAGGUGUGGCUCAGGGCGCCAUUCACUAGAGGCCGCCCCGAUUCUGGGUCUCGCAUAGGGCACCGUUAAAGCUAGGACUGCCACUGAUUACAAUCCCCAAAUUUUGUUGGUUUUUUUUCUCUUUCUGUGUCUCAAUACUUCCCUUUGUAGACUUUUGAGUGCAUUAGAAGUACGACUAAAUCGUUGUUUGCAUUUUCGAGCGUUGGAAAGUCAACAGUAGAAACGUGUAAAUAUUAGGGGUGAUCAAUACGGCACAUUUUGGUAUCGACUCGGUACUAAGCACACAGGACCAAUAUUACAGAUACCAGUACUGAUAGCUCGGCAGUGUCCCAAGGGUAAUUGAUCUGAUUUACUCAUUGUCCAAAAUACAGCAGCGAUUAUGUAGAAUUCAAGCACCGCCUGAUAUUCAAGAUUUAUUUGAUAGUACGAUGCGAUGCUUUGUUGAAGUCAUGACGGCUGGCGGGCUGUAGUUUGGACACCCUUGGCCUAGACCAGGGGUAGGGAACCUGUGGCUCUUUUGAUGACUGCAUCUGGCUUUCAGAUAAAUCUUAGCUGACAUUGCUUAACACGAUAAGUAAUUAAUAAUUCCGCUGGUAAUCAGUGUUAAAAAUAACGUUCAAAUUAUAACCAUUCUCAUACAUUUAAAUCCAUCCAUCCGUUUUCUAUCGCACCUGUUUAAGAAGUCGAAUUAAUGGUAAGAAGUAUUUUAUUUAUUAUUGGUUAGCUUCAGAAUAACAAUGUUAUUAAAAAGAAUAAGAGACUUAUUAUAUUCUAAAAAUGUUGGUCUUACUUAAAAAUGCACGCAAUUAGUUGUUUUCAGUGUUAAAAAAUAUUAUAUGGCUCUCACGGAAAUACAUUUUAAAAUAUUUGGCUUUCAUGGCUCUCUCAGCCAAAAAGGUUCCCGACCCCUAGCCUAGACACAUCAGUUUUUACCAUGAAUUGAUUAAACAAGUUCAAAAACGUAUUCGGGUGUUACCAUUUAGUGGUCAAUUGUACGGAAUAUGCACUGUACUGUGCAAUCUACUAGGGCUGCAACAAUUAAAAGAUUAAAUCGAUUAAAAUCGAUUAUAAAAAUAGUUGGCGAUUAAUUUAGUCAUCGAUUCGUUGGAUCUAUGCUAUGCGCAUGCGCAGAGGCAUUUUUUUUGUAUUUUUUUUAAUUUAUUUUUUAAUAAAACUUUAUAAACUGCAACAUGUACAAACAGCUGAGAAACAAUAAUCAAAAUAAGUAUGGUGCCAGUAUGCUGGGUUUUUUUCAAUAAAAUACUGGAAAGGAUAGAAAUGUUUGUCUCUUUUAUCCGAUUAUUAAUCGAUCAAUCGAAGUAAUAAUCGACAGAUUAAUCGAUUAUCAAAUUAAUCGUUAGUUGCAGCCCUACAAUCUACUAAUACAAGUUUCAAUCAAUCAAUCAAUCAAUAUUAAUAUCGGCCCAAUAUCAGGAAAAUUCUAAACUCUAAAAUCCCAGAUAUAAUCUCCAAUACUAGCAGCCUUGCGGAGUGUUAAUUUGGGCUAAGAUGGACAGCCAGUUAACAUCCAAAUGUCCUCCAAUAAGCACACAAAGGUUGGUCAGAAGGUAAACAUGGUAGGCCAUAGGCUACUAGCAGCUACACAACAGCUAAGCACGCAUGGGCUCACAAGCCCGACACGCGUUAUAAGUAGGGCUGCAACAACUAAUCGAUUAAAUCGAUUAAAAAAUAGUUGGCGAUUAAUUUAGUCAUCGAUUCGUUGGAUCUAUGCUAUGCGCAUGCGCAGAGGCAAUUAUUAUUAUUAUUUUUUUUUUAAUAAACCUUUAUUUAUAAACUGCAACAUGUACAAACAACUGAGAAACAAUAAUGAAAAUAAGUAUGGUGCCAGAAUGCUGUUUUUUUCAAUAAAAUACCGGAAAGGAUAGAAAUGUAGUUUGUCCCAUUUAUCCGAUUAUUAAUCGAUUAAUCGAAGUAAUAAUUGACAGAUUAAUCGAUUAUCAAAUUAAUCGUUAGUUGCAGCCCUAGUUAUAAGUUCCCUUGAUUGAACAAUAAGUCUAUAAACAACAUUUGUCAGUACAAACUAGGGUGGUACGGUAUACCGGUGUUAGUAUAGUACCGCGAUACUAAUGAAUCAUGUUCGGUACUAUACAGCUUCUAGAAUGGGAAUCAUGUUCGGUACUAUACCGCCUCUAGAAAGUACCGGCUUAAACUGCGUCAAAAGGGGCAUGAUAAUGGAUGACUUAUAAUGUGUCUAUAAUUGACAUUUUCAAGACAAGAUUUCACUAUGUCCGAUCACUGACCAUUAGGACGACCAACCUAACUUUAAACACACAACUCACAGGUGAAUGAACCGCAUACUUACUCAACAGCCAUACAUGUCACAGUAAGGGUAGCAGUAUGAACAACGCCAACAUUGUCAUAAAUAUGUGCCAUGUAGUGAAACCACACUAAACAACAAUGGCAAACACAUUUUGGAAGAAUAUUUGCACAGCAACACAACAUAAACACUACAGAACAAAUUCCCAGAAUUCCCUGCAGCACCAACUCUUCCGGGACACUACAAUAUAAACAAAAACGCCAUCCACUGUAAUGAUACCAGUACAGGAGCGCAUCUAGUUGAUACUACUAUGAUGAAUAUGAUAUUUUUUAGCAUCACAAAAUUUUCUUUCGAUAUUAUGUUUAUAAACUCAGGAAAUAUGUCCCUGGACACAUGAGGACUUUGAAUAUGACCAAUGUAUGAUCCUGUAACGACUUGGUAUCGGAUUGAUAUCCAAACGUGUGGUAUCAUCCAAAACUAAUGUAAAGUAUCCAAACAACAGAAGAAUAAGUGAUUAUUACAUUUAACAGAAGUGUAGAUAGAACAUGUUAAAAGAGAAAGUAAGCAGAUAUUAACAGUAAAUGAACAAGUAGAUUAAUAAUCCAUUUUCUACCAAUUGUCCUUAAUAAUGUUGACAAAAUAAUAGAAUGAUAAAUGACACAAUAUGUUACUGCAUACUGUAUGUCAGCAGACUAAAUUAGGAGGGUUUUUUUGUUCACUUACUACUAAAAGACAAGUUGUCUUGUAUGUUUACUAUUUUAUUUAAGGACAAACUUGCAAAAACAAACAUGUUUAAUGUACCCUAAGAUUUUUUGUUCAAAUAAAGCCCAAAAUAGUACAGAAAAAUCCCGAAAUACAUUUUGUUACCCGUACCAAAAUAUUGGUAUCGGGACAACACUAGUACAAACAAGUAUCAAAUAAUUAUAGUUGCAUAUUACUGACACAAGACUAUUUGUAUUAGAAAAUAUCCAUUCAACUUAAUUUACAUGAGAUUAAUACAUUAUUGUAGUACCGUGUAAUAUUUAUGUAUAAAUUAUGCUGAAAUUCAAUAUAGGUGGAAGAGUUUUAUCGGUACACCCCAACUGAUGAACAUACGUUUUCCUUUUCAAAAUCACUCUUGAUAACAGUAAUAUUUAGAAUAAAACACAGGGAAAAUAUAAUAUGUGUUGUUCCUCUGUUUUGCAUAAGAUUGUUUGAAUAAUAGUGCAAAAUAAGCCAACAAAAGCAAAAGUACUCAUUCAAAUCCUCAGGCUUUCUGCCCCCAAAGUUGUCCCAUGUAAAUGUGUAAACAAUUAACAUAUUUAAUACAAAUAUUAAUAGACAAAACCCAGAAAAUCAAUUCUGGUAUCAAGCCGAUACUAGUAGGACUCUUGGUAUCAAAUAUUCGGAUCCACCACGAGUAAAUACUGAAAAUGCCAGAACAGCAGGAAUCAAUUUGGGACAGAAUGUCAAACUCUGCACACUUAGGGACUAAAGUACACAGUCUAGAGUACACACUGGAGUAUACGAACGGAAGUAUUGGAUUGGAGGCACUUGGAGCUGUUAUAUUGUGUGAAAGUUAUCACGGUCUAUCUGACAAAUAUGUCACUUUAUUCAGCAGCUGAUUGUAAACUUGGAAAUGUUUUUCCUCUGGCAUGUUUUUAUUUUUUUUAAAUCCACUUUCUGACCAAAUACAGUCUUUGCCCUCUUGAAGUUAAAUUACAAUAUUACCUUUGUGAAUAAUAUUUCAUUUAAUUUAAGGCAUUGCGAGAUGUUCGUUUGUGUUUAUUCUAUUUUGGCGGAAGGUUUUUAAUGAUUUUUCUCAAUUUCUACUCGUUUUGACUUUUGAAUUCACACGACUCAAAGGCUCCUUGAAUGUCACUGACCUUUUCUUUUCUUCUUUUUGUGUGCGUUUGCAGUCUUCUACUGUGCACUGCUACUGUAUGAAUCAUGCACAGCCUCGUGGUUAGCAAGUUGGCCUCACAGUCAGGCAUAGGGUUGCCAACUCCCUGAAAUAUUAAUAAGGGGGAUUGUCUUCACCUCUACCGUCUUGGUGAAGUUAUUUAAGUUGUUUUCCUUUUUUUUCCAUUAUUAUUUUUACGAAAACAAUUUACAGCGCCUUGCAAAAGUAAUCAAACCCCCUUGAACUUAUAUUUUGUCAUAUUACAACCACAAACAAAAAUAUAUUUUAUUGGAAUUUUAUGUGAAAGACCAACACAAAGUGGUAUACAAUGCUGAA